CAGCCAUCUCUUGCAAUAGUCUCCCUUUAAUUUAAUCACCUUUGAAUAUCGCAUUGCACCUUCAUACGUGCUCUCUGAGGCUGCCAUUCACUUCAUUACAUGAUAUAUUGUUGAACACGCUUUACCAUGGCCAAUGCACAGCGUUGUUGUCUCUGUCAAUUUGAAAUUUCACGGGAAGACGUCGUCACAGAGUCCAAAUACGGCAGCCUGAGAAACUCCCCCAGCUAUUCAUAUCUCUAUCUCUAUACCGUGUGGGAAUACUCUUUUUUACGAAGUUGUCAUCGGCAUUGUCUAGAUAUGAUACCUCGACCAAAUCCACAACGCCUCGCGGGUAUCGCGGAAGCGAUGAAAUAUGAGUACAUACCUAGUUCACGUCAAAUGGACAUCCGCCAUCGCAAAAUUAAGUCCCUUUUAAGUACAGAGUUAUUAGCGCACUUUGCGCAUUUGGAAUCAAAUCUUCCAUUAGAGCUCUGGAGUAUCGUCGCAGAGUAUCUGCUACCAUACUUUGCAUCGGCGAACCUGCAGAGGCUGUGGAGUCCAACACCAGAGCCCAGCUGUGCCAACAUUUCAAAACCCAUAUGGUGUAAGUACGUUGAUCUAGAGGGCAACAAAUAUAUCGCAGCAUUCUCCAAUGAUCCCAGCAGUGAUGAUUGGGAACUGAUAUUUCAACCUUCCGGCGAGCUUAUUGUCGACAUAUUUGUGGGAGGGAACCACUUCGGCAUCACAAAAUUACUAUUUUCUAGCUCCCACAAUUCACCAGAUGUUGAUGAGGCUGAAGGGAUAUGGUGGCGCAAAGUUCAUGUCGAAGGAAGAUACUCGAGUAUACGCGGGUUCUCAGAUGGCAUUAAACUUCGUCAUCUGAUGAAUGUGGAUAAGGAUAUCACCGCAUGGAGCGUUCCAAAAUCUGACAACGUUCGAUUUGAGCAUCUUUCUCCCAGUUUUGUAACCACACUGCCGGCUCGGAUGGCAUCGCUCGAUUGCAACUGCCCUGCAAUCGUUGGUUAUUCAAUUCUUUGGGAAUGUGGACUGGUCACAAUUCAUGUUCACCGGAUUGAUGAAGAUAGAUUCGAAUCAAAACGAACACAGGGCGAGUCUUCAUCGCCGGUAUCUAUACUAGUCAUCCUUCAAACUGGUCUCUAGUCGACAGGCCGAGCCAGGGAAAAAUAUUCUUCGAUUGUUCAGAAAUGGAAAUGACCGCGUUAGCGUUUGAUAGCGACAAGCCUGAACCCCCAGAAUCUCCUUUCCCUACUCCCAAGCCAUCGGAUGGUUCAGUUCCUGCCGUCAUAGAAGACUUUUUCUACUCAGAACACGACUUGACUGGUUUAGUGAGAGUUACUCCUUGUAAAUUUUUUGAUAAACCAGGCUACUCAGGUAUGCUCUUCCAUUUCUCAAACGGCCAUCGAGAAAGUGUUGGUCAAGUGCGAUUGGACUAUUUGUGUUCUUCAAUAGACUUGGAAACCUCUACAUCAUGGUUCCUGGGCUUCAAGAGAAG